CUUCAUAGUUGACAGUACUCCAGCCACUAUUUAUUUUCUUCUUCUCGUUGGUCACACCUUGGAUCUCAAGAGAUUUUAAGAGUGAGAUUUCUCCACUUUUUGAUGCUUUGACAUUUUCCCCUCGUUCACCAGUGUCAAAGUUAUUCUAUAAAGACUUUCUUCUUGAGUUAAAGCACACUCCAACAACUCCUUUUCAUGCAAAUGCAAAAAGGUCAUCCUUUACAAAGGCCAGUAGUGGCUUAGCACUAGCAGGAGUGUCUUGAUAGAGAAGACUAAUCUUCUCCACAUUCAUGCUCAUGUCAUAGACACUUAACAGCCAAUGAUCACUUUGUGGUAACUUCCAGGAAGGAAGCUCUACUCUGCUGAAAUGCAAAGGGACAUGUGAUGUGAUGUGAAGUAUUUGGACUCUGGAGUCUAGACUAUUGCUUUUGGAUCAUUUCUCAAGUGUGCUUCAUCUGAGUUCUGACUUGUGAAGUUCCAAGGUAUGGCGGUUGAAGCCGUAGGAGAAAAUAGAAUGCUGAGACUGAAAUUUACUCCAAGGCACAAACGUUCAAAGAGUUUUCCUGAUAAGAAAAGAAUUGAGGAGGAUAAACCAGAUAAUCGCAUUCAGGCCUCAGGUCGAAUUAAGGACAUGGGAUACCUCACGGAAUGUGAUAAAGCUAGGAAAAACCGAACCCCUACAAAUGAAGUCCACAGUACUCCGAAGCAAGAGAUUCUACAGCUUGAGAGAAGAUUACAAGACCAAUUUCAGGUCAGAUCCACGUUAGAAAAGGCACUUGGAUUCAGAUCUUCAUCUCUCGUUAAUUCAAAUGAGAUGAUGAUACCCAAGCCGGCCACAGAAUUAAUUAGGGAAAUUGCAGUGUUAGAGUUGGAAGUUGUGUAUUUGGAGCAACACCUUCUCUCCUUGUACCGUAAAGCUUUUGAUCAACAAUUAUCUUCUGUAUCUCCGACUUCUAAGGAGGAAAGUGUAAAGUUCCCUCUAACAACACAUAGCGCACGAUUCAUCAAUUUUUCUAUGCCUGAGGUCUUAACCAAGAGAGAAUGUUCUACAGUACAAUCUAAUGAGCAUAAUAAGCUUGAGACUUUGAGAAAGGAGUAUGACAGAUAUGAGCCUGAGACUUUUAGGAAAGAACAGAGUAGAUAUCUGCUAGAAGAAAAGCAUUUAGAUUCUGGAGUUUACCGUUGUCAUUCCUCUUUAUCCCAUUGUCCAGCAUUUACAAGAGAAUCUCCUCCAGCAGAUUCUUUAGCUAAAUCUCUGCGUGCCUGUCAUUCCCAGCCGUUGUCCAUGUUAGAGUAUGCUCAAAGCUCCUCAUCAAACAUAAUCAGUCUCGCCGAACAUCUUGGUACACGAAUAUCUGAUCAUGUUCCAGUGACACCUAAUAAACUUUCUGAGGAUAUGGUCAAAUGCAUAUCAGCUAUAUAUUGCAAGCUUGCAGACCCUCCUAUGGCACAACCAGGACUUUCAUCUCCAAGUUCAUCCUUGUCCUCGGCAAGUGCCUUUUCCAUUGGAGAUCAAGGUGAAAUGUGGAGUCCAAGGUUCAGGAAUAAUUCCUCUUUUGAAGUGCGCUUAGAUAAUCCUUUCCACGUGGAAGGACUUAAGGAGUUCAGUGGGCCAUAUAGCACCAUGGUUGAAGUAUCAUGGCUUUAUAGAGAGAGUCAGAAGUCGGCUGAUACUGAGAAGCUGCUCCAGAAUUUCAGGUCACUUAUUUGUCGAUUAGAAGAAGUAGACCCCGGCAGGUUGAAACACGAGGAGAAGAUAGCUUUUUGGAUCAACAUACACAAUGCUUUAGUGAUGCAUGCAUUUUUGGCUUAUGGGAUUCCACAAAACAAUGUGAAAAGAGUCUUUCUUCUAUUGAAGGCUGCAUAUAAUGUUGGGGGUCAUACAAUUAGUGCAGACACAAUACAGAAUACUAUACUAAAGUGCCGGAUGUCUCGCCCGGGACAGUGGCUGCGCUUGUUAUUUUCUCAAAGGUCAAAAUUCAAAGCUGGAGAUAUACGACAAGCCUAUGCACUGGAGCAAGCUGAACCUCUUUCACACUUUGCACUCUGUUCAGGAAACCAUUCUGAUCCUGCGGUACGUGUAUAUACACCAAAGAGGGUGUUUCAAGAGCUAGAAGUUGCAAAGGACGAAUACAUUCGAGCUAACUUAGGCGUACGCAAGGACCAAAAAAUACUCUUACCAAAGCUUGUUGAGUCAUUCAGCAAGGACUCAGGUUUGUGCCCCAUUGGUGUCAUGGAUAUGAUCCUAGAAUCUCUACCCGAAUACCUGAGAAAGAAUGUUAAGAAAUGUCGGCUUGCAAAAUCCCGGAAGUGCAUAGAAUGGAUUCCACACAACUUUACUUUUCGAUACCUCAUAUCUAAGGAUAUGGUAAAAUGAUUACUUUGCAGCGUUACUUCUUACUGUGGCAAGUGAUGUGCAUUUGUUUGAUCUAUGUAAUUCUUUUUGUACAAAGUAGAAACGGUACGGCGAAAUACAAUAUUGCAGAGUGAUACAUUAUUGUUAUGUCAUUGUGGUACCUGUAAUUGCAACUCUGUAAAUAAUCUUUGUUGCUACUGUGCUUGCACUCGCUAAUCCCACAGCACAUGCAUAUGUUUGGUGAUUGUCUAA